AUGGCAUCCACAACAUCCUUGGUCACAUUUUCAUUGAUACCAAAUGUCGGUCAACGGCAUGCCAUUAAUGUCGGUCAAAUGGCAUCCACAACAUCCCUUGGUCACAUUUUCAUUGAUGUGAUCGGUCAACAUCCACAAAUAUCCUUGGUGUUAACAUACCGUCGGUCAACACAUCCACAACAUCCCGGACACAUUUCAUUUAUAACAAUGUCGGUCAUCACAUCCACAAUAUCACUUGGUCAUUUCAUUGAUAACAAUGUCAUCAAUGGCAUCAACAUCCUUGAUCAUAUUUUAUUGAUAACAAUGUCGGUCAACGGUAUCCACAACACAUCCUUGAUCACAUUUUCAUUGAUAACAAUGUCGGUCAAUGGCAUCCACAACAUCCUUGGUCAUUUUCAUUUUUAUAACAAUGUCGGUCAAUGGCAUCCCAACUCAUUGAUCACAUUUUCAUUGAUAACAAUGUCGGUCAAUGGCAUCCACAACAUCAUUGGUCACAUUUUCAUUGAUAACAAUGUCGGUCAAUGGCAUCCACAACAUCCUUGGUCACAUUUUCAUUGA